AUUGGUCACCUCCUAGUGUCGUUCAUUUGACAGGACAAACAGCGUCAGGCAAAGAAAAAGAGUUGUGGUUUGUCCUUUUUUCCCAGUCGUAACAAUGUCUGAGGAACGAUCUGAGAGGUCCGAUGGAAGGAUCGUGAAGAUGGAGGUUGAUUACAGUUCCACUGUAGAUGAGAGGCUUCCGGAGUGCGAAAAAAUGGCCAAAGAGGGGAAGUUACAAGAGGCUAUUGAGAGUUUGUUGUCACUGGAGAAACAGACCAGAACGGCAUCGGAUAUGGUGUCCACCUCCAGAAUCCUCGUGGCUGUGGUCCAGAUGUGUUAUGAAGCAAAGGAUUGGGACGCUCUUAAUGAAAACAUCAUGUUACUCACCAAAAGGAGGAGUCAACUCAAACAGGCUGUUGCCAAAAUGGUGCAGGAAUGCUACAAAUACGUGGAUGCAGUAACUGAUCUGAACAUCAAGCUGCGUCUUAUAGACACACUUCGCACUGUGACUGCCGGAAAGAUCUAUGUAGAGAUCGAGCGUGCAAGGCUGACAAAGACACUGGCUAACAUCAAGGAGCAGAGCGGCGACGUCAAAGAGGCUGCCGCCAUUCUGCAGGAGCUACAGGUGGAGACGUAUGGCUCCAUGGAGAAGAAGGAGAAGGUGGAGUUCAUCUUGGAACAGAUGAGGCUCUGCAUCGCUGUCAAAGAUUAUAUUCGCACCCAGAUCAUCAGCAAGAAGAUAAACACCAAGUUCUUUCAGGAGGAAGGGACCGAGGAGCUGAAGUUAAAGUAUUACAACCUGAUGAUUCAGGUGGACCAGCACGAGGGCUCCUACCUGUCGAUAUGCAAGCACUACAAGGCGAUUUAUGACACGCCCUGCAUCUUGGAGGACAGCAGCAAGUGGCAGCAGGCCCUGAAGAGUGUGGUGCUGUACGUGAUCCUGUCUCCUUACGACAACGAACAGUCAGACCUCGUGCACAGAAUCAGCGCCGACAAGAAAUUGGAAGAAAUCCCCAAAUACAAGGACCUUCUGAAGCAGUUUACCACAAUGGAGCUGAUGCGCUGGGCCUCGCUCGUGGAGGAUUAUGGGAAGGAGCUGAGAGAAGGCUCGUCUGAGAGCCCGGCGACGGACGUCUUCUCAUAUUCAGAGGAGGGCGAGAAAAGGUGGAAAGACCUUAAGAACAGGGUGGUGGAGCAUAACAUCAGAAUAAUGGCCAAAUAUUACACCAGAAUCACAAUGAAAAGGAUGGCUGGCCUGCUGGACCUCUCUGUUGACGAAUCGGAGGAGUUCCUCUCCAGCCUCGUCGUAAACAAGACCAUCUACGCCAAGGUCGACCGGCUCGCCGGCAUCAUCAACUUUCAGCGGCCCAAAGACCCCAACGACCUGCUCAACGAUUGGUCGCAGAAACUCAACUCCCUCAUGUCGCUGGUCAACAAGACCACACACCUUAUUGCCAAGGAGGAGAUGAUCCACAACCUGCAGUGACACGAGAACAGUUUCUACUUUCAUGUUGUUGUUUCAUGUUCACUUUUGUGUAUGUUCAGGGGGAACUGUGACGUGUUUGUACAGUACGUUAGCGGAAUACCGCCACGGUGCCCGAUUGCAGUAUCGUAAGAUUUGGAAACAAAGCAACCGCAAAACACACACGCCCUCUAUGAGUUGUUUCUUUUUUUUAUUGUCUAGAAAAACAUUGACAAUAAACGUAUUGUACCUCCA